GACGGGCCGGGGGUGGCGGUGGGGCCGGGUGGUUGCUGUUCCCUUACGGGAGCAGGGCUGCGAAAAUAUCGGGCCGUCGCCGUGGGCCCGUGUUGCUGCUGCGGGGGGUGGCAGUGCCCUUCCUCCUUCCCUCCCUCCUUCCCUUCCUCCAUCCCAGCCCCGCGGUGUGGGGAGCUGCUGGGGUGAAGGCCCAGUGGGAGGGCUGGGCUGGGCUGAGUGAUGGAACAACUGCAGGAUCCAGUUAUGGAAGAAGAUGCCAAUAUUAAAGCUAUCAAUGAAGAGUACAGGAAAGCCUUUAUUUUCAUCAAUAAAGGCCUGAAUACAGAUGAACUGGGUCAGAAGGAAGAGGCAAGAAAUUACUAUAAGCAAGGACUUGACCACUUGCUCCGAGGAGUUAGCAUUCCAUCGCAGGGGCCUGCAUGUGUGGGACCCCAGUGGGAGUCUGCCAGGCAAAUGCAACAAAAGAUGAAGGAGACCCUCCAAAACGUUCAUGCUCGACUCGGCACUCUAGAACAAAAUGUCCCCCCUGUACCAGCAAGUCCUGCUGCAGUGGAUGCCCCUGCUGCGGUGCCCAAGCUGUACCCUUCAAUUCCUUCCACAGAAAAGCCGGAAAGACCUCCCCCGCCUACUGCUCUGUUUGUACCGAGUCAGCCACCUGCAGCAGAUGGAAGCGCUGCAGCUGUGAGCCAGGGGCAAAUUCCAGCUAUGAGUCCAUCAUCUGCAAAACCUCUGUGUCUGCCAAACGAAGCACCUCCUGCCUACACUCCUAAAGCAGCCAACGGCCACUUUACCGUGUCUUAUGGCACAGACUCCGGGGAGUUCUCUUCCGUAGGUGAGGACUACUACAAGAAGUGUACUCAGCCACCUCCCCUUGAAAAUCUGGGAGUGGAUGCAGAUGAGCUGAUCUUGAUUCCCCAAGGAGUGCAGAUAUUCUUUGUGACUCCUGAUGGGCAGGUCAGCGCUCCUUCCUAUCCUGGCUACCUGCGCAUCGUGAAGUUCUUGGAUACAGACAGUGAGGUGGCCCAGAAUCGUCCGCCUGCGUUUCUUCAGGUUUGUGACUGGUUGUAUCCUCUAAUGAGUGGUCAGUCUCCCGUUCUGUGCUGCAAUACUGGAGUCUACAUGUUCCCUGACACCAUGUCCCAGACACCAGGGUCCUACGUGGGAGUGGUGUUGUCUUCCGAACUCCCAGCAGCCGACCGAGAGCUGUUUGAGGAUCUGUUAAAACAGAUGUCUGAUCUUCGACUACAGGUGCCAGGAUCCCAUGAGAGAGUAGGGUUACCUUCACAGCUCCCAGCACCAGACAGAGCGCAUUUUGAAGAUAAAUUAAAACAGAUGUCUGGCCACAAAGUCCAGCCUUCAGAAGCCUCUAGCGAUGUGAUUAAUUUGCCUCAGACUGUACAUAUCCAACCGCAACCAGAAGGAGGAGAAAAUCAGAAAGAAUUGCCAGAAUGGAGUGAGAAAGUUGCCCAUGGAAUCUUGUCAGGUGCAUCUUGGAUAAGCUGGGGCCUAAUAAAAGGAGCAGAAUACACCGGUAAAGCUAUUCACAAAGGAGCUUCUAAACUGCGAGAACACAUACAACCCGAAGAAAAACCUCUGGAAGUCAACCCAACUGUAGCAAAGGGGCUUCAUGUAGCAAAACAGGCUACUGGAGGAGCUGUGAAAGUCAGCCAGUUCUUAGUUGAGGGAGUGUGCUCUAUAGCGAGCUGUGUUGGAAAGGAGCUGGCUCCACACGUGAAGAAGCACGGCAGCAAAUUAGUUCCAGAAUCCCUUAAGAAGGACAAAGAUGGCAAAUCCACUUUUGAUGGUGCUCUGGUGGUAGCAGCAAGUGGAGUUCAAGGGUUUUCAACAGUGUGGCAAGGUUUAGAAAGUGCAGCCAAGUGCAUUGCUAAAAGUGUUUCAACUGAGACUGUAAAAACUGUCAAAUACAAGUAUGGAGAUGAUGCUGGCCAUGCUACUGACAACGCUGUGAAUUCUGCAAUCAAUGUUGGUGUGACAGCAUUUAACAUUGACAAUAUUGGUAUCAAAGCUGUUGUAAAGAGAACUGCAAAGGAAACUGGACAUGCUGUGUUAGAUGAGUAUAAAGUAUUGGAUAAGGAGAAAAAAGAUAAAAAGUGAAAACAAUGAAAUAUUUCUCAAAGCCUUAUGUUAGAUAUGAAACUUCCUACUUAGAAGUAACUACAUUGCUAAUCUGUGAUUUAAUGCCAAUCAUACUCUACUUUUGAAGCAACUGUUACUUAAUCUGCAGUGGAAAAUACAAAGGUAUGGAAGGGCAUUUUUGGAAGGAAGAAUGAAAGUCUCCUUAAUUGCUUUGUAUUGAUGCAGAUUGGUAUGAGUUUUCAGCUGAUAAACUUGCCUCUGUAAGCACUUUUUCAGAAUACAGUAUGGAACAAUAGAUUAAUACAGAGAUGUUAUGAAUAUUUUUGUAACACAUUAUAUUUGUAAAGAAGGUGGUGAUACCAAACAAAUAGGACUACUAAUUCUUAUAGAAGUAUGGUUACUAGUUCUGUUUUUUUUACUAUCCUUAAGAGUUAGUUUUACUAAAACAGAGUGAUCUUAUUUAAUAUGCACUACUUAAAUAUUUUUGUGCUUUAUUCUUUGCUUUGUAGAGAAUUUCCCUUCUCAGCUACUAAACAGCUAAUGUUUUCCAAAGUUCACAUUAGAAGAAAUGAAAGAUGAACCUCAGGUAGCUAGGUAGUCAUUUCCUUUCAAACUACUUUUUCUCCCUCCAGCAUGUAAGCAGACCAAAGAUACCAAGCAUUUCUUCUAAUAGAGGGUAUUUAUAGCUCGAGGAAAAAAAUGUGUACCCCAAUUGACUCCAUAAGGAGUAAGAUUUCUUGAAACUGAGAUAUUUUUUUGUAUAAAGAGGAUGUGUGUUUUUGCAUAAAUGAAAAUAUAUUUCCUUAAAAAACAUUAUGUUGAGAUUACUAGAAACUUCUAUGCAUUCUGUGCUUUGCAGCCAGUCCAGAAAAAUCCAGAGCAUGUAUGUCAUGGGCCCCAAUGGAAGGCAUUAGGUAUUUGCUUCUACAAGUAGUUCUAACAGCAUCUUUGUUCUGCUGAAUUUAUAGCUGCACAAGUUGACAUCUCUUAAAAAUGCCUUUUGUCAUACCUUUUACUUAGGAGAUGUGUGGAACAGAAUAAGUAUUAUGUAGCUUUUUCAUCCCAUUCCUAUAUCUUAUUCCUAGUCCAUAUACAAGUCUAUCCCUUGAGAUACCUUUAUACUGCUACUUAUUUAACAGUUUAUUACUGAGUUUUAAAGCUGCUAUGCGUUCUAAUUAAUCUUGGCUGGACCUGCAACAAACAGAACACCAUCAAUUUACAAGCUGUCUCCAUUUCAUGUAAUUGGAGAAGAUAAGUAUAAAAGGUUGUUAGCAGAUUAUAUUUGUAUCAGAUUGGGGGAAAAAAAGUCUGUAAUGACAAACGUCUGUUAGAAUGAUAAUAAGUGCACAUUUUGUGGUAGCUACUGUAGCUGUGUACUUGGGGUGAGAAAUGUGAAACAAAGGCACUAACCACUUGAAGUGUAACUGUGAUGUAUGGAAAUAAAGAUAAUUAAAAUUGGUUGAA